AUGGCGCUCCGAGCUCGACCCCAAAUCUUCGACAUACUCAUCAUCGGCUCAGGUCCAGCAGGGCUGAAUGCUGCGCUCACUUGUGCAAGAACACGCAGCACAGCUAUCGUUUUCGACAACCAAAAGUACCGCAAUGAAGGCGUUACGCACAUGCAUACUGUAGCGUCUCGCGACCACUUCAACCCUAGAGAGUUCGGUCGCAUAGCUCGCGAACAGAUCGAAUCCCGGUACGACACCAUCUGGUUUCAACCUGCUAUGAUUACCCACGCAUCCAUUAAACAGCUAUCGGUACCUGAUGAGAAGGAGUUGUACGAUGGCUUCGAAGUCACAGAUAGCGAAGGCCAUUCGUACGAGGGAAAGAAGAUAAUUUUAGCUACUGGUUCGGAAGAACUUCUUCCUGAUCUUCCAGGUUACAAGGAGAACUGGCCAGCACACAUAUACCAAUGUCUAGCCUGCGAUGGCUACGAGCAACGCGGAAGUGCAGUUGGCAUCCUAGGUUUUGAAAAUCCCAUGUACACACACUUCGUACAAAUGGCUAUCCCUUUCGAACCCACCUCCAUCACCAUAUUCAGCAAUGGACCCACCAAGCAAGAAGCGCCAGUACAAGACGCUUUGAAGCUCGCAAAAGCCUUUGGUGCGACGCUCGACGAGAGAAAGAUCGUACGCCUGGUGAAUAAUGGCCCAAGUCACAAAGAUGGCGUAACGAUUCACUUCGAAACAGGUGAACCAGCUACUCUUGGUUUCAUUGUCCACAAGCCUGCUACGGCCAACCGCGCGCAACAUCUCAUCGAUCAGCUCGGUAUCGAGACAAUAGAACCGGCGAUGGGCGGACACAUCAAGAUUGCAAACACUAUGUUCAAUGAGACGAGUGCCAGGGGCGUGUUUGCGGCUGGUGAUACUAUGGUCAUGAUGAAACAGGUUGCGAUUGCUAUGGCUGAAGGACUCAAAGCAGCCGCAGGUGCGGGAAUGCAGAUUGCGCAAGAGAAAGCUAAGAUUCUUUCCAAGACUUUUGAGGAGAGAGAUGGCAAAAUUGAGGGAGACAAGGGCAAGGCAGAGGUGACAUCAUACUAG